AUGAAGUUUUCUGUUGCCAUUCUCGGAUUUGCGUCCAUUGUGACGGCUGCAUCCAACACCUUCCACAGACCUGACAGCCACUGGGAUUUCAUCAUCAAGGGUGGCGAUGUCAAGCGCUCUGUUGAGGCUACCGAUGCCUACCUUGCUGACUACAGCAUGCGCGGCAAGAGUGUUGACCCGUCUUCCUUGGGCUUUGACAAGGUGAGGCAGAUCAGCGGCUACCUUGAUGACGACACCAAUAACAAGCAUAUGUUCUACUGUAAGUUCCGAGAGCGUAGAUACCAAAGCCAACUAUUCGUGACAACUGCUAACUGGUACCUAACAGAGUUCUUUGAGUCUCGUAACGAUCCCAAGAACGACCCCGUUAUUUUGUGGCUCAACGGCGCACCUGGCUGCUCUUCAAUGGAAGGCCUGCUCUUUGAACUAGGCCCUGCCAUGGUUGACUCUAAUCUCAAGAUCACCACUAACCCCAACUCAUGGAAUAACAAGGCCAAUGUCAACUUCCUUGACCAGCCAGUCGGUGCUGGCUUCUCGCACGGCGCCAGUGUCAACUCCAGCUUAGCUGCCAGCAAGGACAUCUACGCCCUCCUCACACUCUUCUUCAAGCAGUUCCCUCAGUACGCCACCCAGGACUUCCACAUUGCUGGCGAGUCCUACGCUGGCCACUACAUUCCCCAAGAUGCUGCCGAAAUUCUAUCUCACAACGACACCAACAUUAACAUCAAGAGCAUCCUCAUUGGCAACGGACUUACUGAUGCCUAUAACUAG